UAGGUAUAAACGUGGUCUGUAUAAAAUUAUUGGUGCAAUUCAUAAGAUGACGGAAGCAGAGAAUUUAGAAGAGAAAACAAAGAAUGUUGAAGAAGACGACGACAGUGUUCUAUUAAAGCAUAAAUACCAAAAUAAAACUUUAGAAGAAUUGAGACUCUUACUUGCGGAUGAUACAAUAUCCAAGAAUCAAAAAAAGAAAAUAAACAAACAAGUCAAGUGGCUUGAAAGUGCAGAUGAAAGAAAAGAACACCGCAAGAAGAGAAAACUUAUUUACAAAGAAAGAAAUAAACUGAACGGAACAAAAAAGAGAAAACUGGAAAAAAUUACGACAACUGAAAACUUUGAAAGUCAUUAUCACGUUGCUAUAGAUGCGAGUUUCAAUGACAUAAUGACCAUCAGGGAUCUUGGGAAACUUGGAAAGCAAAUUGCUUGGAGUUAUAAGGAAAAUAGAAGGUCAUCCUGCCCUGUACAGUACCACUUAUGUGGUUUAAAAGGGAAGCUCAAGGCUUGUUUGGAUCCAUCUCAUGAAAACUGGGACAUGCAUUUUGAUGCUGAUAUUCUGGAGAGGUUUAAGAAAGAAGAUCUGGUAUAUCUGACAGCGGAAUCAGAUAAUGUGUUGAGUAACAUUGAACAUGGAAAAGUUUACGUGAUAGGUGGGCUAGUGGAUCAUAAUCAUGAAAAGGGUCUCUGUCACAAACUAUGCACAGAGAAAGGAAUUCCCACAGCACGCUUGCCACUUGAUGAAAAUAUUGAUAUCAAAACUAGAAAAGUGUUAACUGUCAAUCAUGUUUUUGAAAUUCUUCUCGCAUACCUAAAACUACAGGAUUGGAAAACUGCUAUUUUAAAAGUCAUUCCACCCAAAAAACUACCUGCUUCCAUUGAGGAAAAGACAGAAAUAAAAGAUUUGCAAAAACCCGAAACAUCAGACACUGAAAAUAAAUCAGAAAUUUAAAACCCU